UCACCGUACUCUUGUAGUCUUGUUCGGUAUUCGUUUUUACCGCCGACGUUUUAUGUUCAUUCAAGUGCGAGCUGUGCUCCAACAAUAAAGCUAACUAGCUAACUAGUUUUAUAGGCUUUAGUGAAUUAUGUGUACUGAAAAAUCGGGAAAUAAAGAAGAUGUAAAAUAAAAGUACAUAAUAAGUGAAUUAUAAUUGAAAUGACCAGUGAAAUUAUAAAAAGUGCAUAUAUUGUGUGAAUUGAAAAUUUUUUAUACUACCCAAGCGCAGCAUUCAUACCUGGAUAUUAAAGUUUUCACGUAAUAAAUAGUUGAAAGAAAAAAAAAAUAAAUAUUUUACAUACCUUUGCUCGAGUUUUAUAUACAUACAUAAGUAUAUUAAAUAUAAUAACUAAUUGUUUAGUUAUUUUUGAAUUUGAAGUGAAUGAAAUGCUAACUACUAGCAAAAGAACGGUUGCGGCCUUUGCAUAGGCUUGGAUUAUAAUUGCAUUACAAAAGAUAAAAUCCACAAACGAACGCAUGAGCACAGCUAAAGCAAUUACGAAUUGUCUCAAAACGACUCAAAUCGACGCCAAAUUCCUCUAAUCCACAACAGAAUUUGGAGAUCACAGUGUUUUAAUUUAUUAACAAAUAUAAUUUUUUCAAUAAUUUUGCCCAAAAUAAUUUUCGGCAAACCUUUAAACGCGCACCAAUAACAUUGCAGUGCAACGCACACUUAACCAGUUUUCAGUUUCCAGGAGUGUGGCAACACCACCUCUCCCCCACCUCUACUCAUAUCGCUUUGCAGCAAACAAUAACAGCGUAAAUAUGCGUCGAAUGCCAAAAUUUGAUUUAACGUUAUCAAGCAAAGCGUCAACGCUGCUGCUGCUUUUCGGACUCGCCUGCUUGGCCUCUGUACGCGCGGAGCGUGAUUUCAACUUUAACGACUCGCAGGUUCCAUUACUUGAACCACGCGACGAACCAGCACACAUCCACUACGGCCAUGAUCCAUACUCGGUGGAAUUGUCGAGCUGUCGCUCGGAAAACAGCGAAAUUGUGCUCUCGUUAGUGCUCAAAAGCCACGAUUGGGCGGAUUUGAGUGAUAAUAAAAAGGACAAAGUACUGGAGAAACUAUCCAAGUUCUUCGCCAUACCGAAGGAAUUCAUCGUUAUGGAAUCAGCAACAAAACGUGAACUCAGCGAAAUGCAGAAGGAAUCAAUACGCAGAGGUUACAACAAGUGCCAUAAUAAUAAUAAACACCCGCUGGGACGUGUUAGCUUUGUGCUCGGCUGUGGUGCCAAAUAUUUCACAAUGAGUGAACCUCUAAUGAAACAAAUAGGUGCUCAGAUGAAGGACGAUUCUAUUGACAAUAUAACGGGCGAAAAGUUCGGCUGGUGGGUCAUUUGGCGCAAGCUCUACAAAGCGCGAGCUCAACGUAAACGCCGACAAACUGAAGGUUCCGGCAUCGAUGAAGCCGAAGAUGGUGACGAUUAUGAUUACGAUUACGAUGAUGAUGAUGAUGACGUUGUGUACGUAUCCAACCCAAUUAAAAAUGAAAGUGAAACAGAAGUGCCAGUAACAACCCCGCCACAUGCGCAUCGUCAUCACCAUGGUGAUGGUCAGUCGAAUAUCGAGGAUAACAAGUUAGAAUUAUCAGCGGCAUCCACAUCAACAGCGACCGCUAGUGGCUCGAACGAGGAUGGCCUACUCGACGCUGUGGCAGCUGCCUCGUCUAGUGCCAAAGAGCCGACAUCGUCCGACACGAUUAGUGACACGAAACAUACGAAUAUCGAUGAGGAGAUUGUUGAGAGCGUUUCCCAAUUGGAAUCGGUUAUAACGAAGACCAUUGAAAAUACGAAGAACAUCAAAGAGAUACCGGUUUUGGAAGAAGACGACGAUGAAGAUGCACCGGUUGCGGUCGAUAUCGCCAAGGAAUUGGAUGUGCCAAAUGCACUGGAAGAGAUCAAUAAUGGUGGUGAGCUCGACGGUGCCGAAAAUGAUUAUGACAAAAAUGUGAAUCGACAAAUAACCUCAAAUGCUGAUCGUGAAACGGUAAAAGUUGCCCAGAGCUCAACAACCGCAGAAAUACCGUUACACCUACGUAAUGAGCACGGUGACACAGACAGCUUUGAUGCUGUUGAGCCGUCCGCCGACUCAGAUUCCGUAGUUGCGAUUGAGUCAAGCGCCGCGCUGAGUCACAACUCGUUGGAUCGUGCACAAACCGAAGCUUCGUUGGCGAGUGCGUUCGAUACAACAGCCGCCGUCGCCGCAGCCGCUGAGUUCGAAACUCGCACCAUAACGCCGGUAGCUAACACACUAGAACCCGCUAUAAGCCGAGUUGAAUUGUCUAAGUCAGAGACGACUUCUUUGUUGCCACCAGCUUUGCACACACCAGCAAUGAAUGCUUCAACAACACAAGCACCCAAUCUAUUGGCAAAUGCUGUCACGACCUCAUUAUAUGCAUCAUCAUCAUCCUCACCAUCAUCAUCGUCCUCCUCCUCCUCCUCCUCAUCAUCAUCAUCAUCUGUUUCGUCCUCCUCUCUCUCACCUUCGUCUACGCCAUCGUCGGCUACUGUGCCCACAUUCAUAUUGUCAACAAUCACAACUUCAUUUGCAACAACUCCAACAACAACAACAACAAUAAAACCAUCAUUCAUCACCACACCAUUGUUAACAAAGCUAGAACGUAUGCAACAACAAACACAACAACAGCAAAUACUUAAAGAAACAACAAAAACAUUUGAUAAUAACACCUUACGUGAAGAAAAUGCGGAAGAAGCCAUUAGAAACAGUGCAGAGACGCCAAUAACAAAUGUGUUUGUGCCAAUAGCAGAUACAACAACAAGUAGUGAUGUUAUAGCAGCAACAACGCCGACUUUAUUAACAACAACCGGUGAAGGCGUUAUGAGAAAGGAUGACAACGAGACCAACAGUUUGCUUCCCGAAACAGAUGCGAGUCGCACGCCUCCAACCACACCGCAAGGUUCCGACUCUGCUUCGUCGCCCACUUCUCUGCUAACCUCACCAACAACUUCGACAUUGGGCACUUCGCCUACCUCCAUCAGCACUGAUGCCACAGCGCCUACGCUACCCUCUACUGACUAUGUCGAGCCUAAAGUGGAAAAUACACCGCCAAUGAUACGCACACGUCUGCAGAAAUUCGCUGUGACCUCGGGCAAAGCCUUCUCGUACUCAGUGCCACAAGAUACCUUCUACGAUACGGAGGAUCUCACAAACCUACGCUUAGAUUUAACAGAUAAGGAUGGACGUGAAUUGAAGGCGUCGUCGUGGUUACAAUUCAAUCCCGAAACACAUGUACUUUAUGGAUUACCUCUCGACGAUUCUGUUUCGAAAUGGCAAUAUCGUUUAACGGCUACCGAUUCUGGCAACGAGUCAGUCACAGAGACAUUAGAGAUAUCUGUGCAACAACAUCGCGGUGUACGUACCGUUAAUCACGAGAUCAGCAUUACCGUUAAAAUCAACGAGAAGAAUAUACACAACAUUGACUGGCAGCUGAAAUUGAUGCGUGAUGUUGCCUCAACACUGGGUGAUGAAAACACCAACUCCUUGGUUGUGCGCGAGAUACGUCCGAUGCCACAGGAUCCUAAUACCGCUACAUUUGUGUAUUUCAAUGAAACCUUCCCCACCAGUGAGUGUCCUGAGGCGGAGCUCAAUAAGCUGGUGAAGCGUUUAGAUGCCAGUCGUCUAAGUGAUUUAGUGUAUCCCACACUGAGCGUGAAAUCCAUAACGGGUCAACUGAUUGGCGCGUGCCAAAAAUCGCACAUUACUAAACCGAAACCCACCACGCAUAUGGCGACCAACGUACCACCGCUACCACGCAAUCAAGUGGAUCGCGUUAAUGCGACCGUCGGACAUUUGCUCGUCUUCAAAGUGCCCAGCGAUACAUUCUAUGAUCCAAACGACAAUGAACAACUCACAUUAACACUAAAGACGAAGGAUCACAAAGAGCUCAACCCACGCCAUUGGUUACAAUUCGACUCGAAGAAUCAGGAAUUCUAUGGCAUACCAAAGAGUGGUGAUGCCGGCUCUGAUGAAUACUUGCUCGUGGCACAAGAUGCUGGCGGUCUGAGCGCCACCGACGCAUUGGUUGUGGUGGUGAAUCAUGCGCCCAAGAAAGAGUUUAGCGUCUACUUUAAAGCCUAUCUAGCCAUUCGACAUGAACAAUUCAAUGCUGAUCUGCAACGGAAAUUUGUGGAACGCAUUUCACAACUCUUCGGCGAUUCGACUACUCAAUACGUGCAAAUACGUUCGGUGACAACGCAACACGACUCCGAUAGCACGAUUGUGAAUUUCUACAAUACGAGCUUAUACAAAUCGCAUAACCGUUGUCCCGAAGAGGAAAUCGAGGCUGUGCGCAGUGUUUAUCUGAUCAAGGAUCAUAUGGUGCGCGAUCAUGUGAAGAAGAUUUUGGGACCCGAAUUGAAUCUGACCAAUGUACAAGCAUUGCCGUUGGGCUUGUGCCAUCCACAAACUGAUAUCAUCCAUCGUGACUAUGUGCCCACGAAACCUGAUCAGCCAACACUGAAAUCGAGCUUCAGCGAAGAGUAUAUGUACACGAUCAUCUUGCCGGCGGUGAUUAUUGUCAGCAUGAUCUUAAUUGCUUGCCUCAUUGCGUGUUGUCUACAUCGUCGCCGUCGUAAGAGUGGCAAAAUGGAAUUGGGCGAUGAAGAAGAACGUAGAUCGUUCCGCAAGAAAAAUAUACCUGUCAUUUUCCAAGAUGAAUUGGACGAGAAACCCGAAAUCGGCAAUAAGAGCCCAAUAAUUUUGAAGGAUGAGAAGCCGCCAUUGUUGCCACCAUCCUACAAUACCUCCAACAUGAAUGGCGACAACGAUGUCGAUGAAUAUGUGCCACCACCCGCCGUUGUUGUCGGUGGACGCGAAGCGCGGGGGAAAUCACCAGCAACGCCAUCAUAUCGAAAACCGCCACCAUAUGUAUCGCCAUAAAAAUGUGGAACAUGGCGAAUGUGGAGUAUAAGACGUGUGGAGCGCAAGAAGAGUUUAUGGCGAAAAACGGGAAACUUUCCCAACUACUGCUAAACUGCAACAAAAUGGAAACUUUACUACUUAAUUCACUACAUAAACAUUUAUUUUUUUCUUUUUAAGUUAUAUACAUACAUACAAAUAUAUAUAUAUAUAUAUAUUAAGUCUAUACAAACACACACAUACAUAUAUAUAUAUAUAUAUAGUAUAGGUGAUAGAGCAAAGCUACGAACGACAAUUGAGUAUUGCAGAUAAUUACAAAGUGGCGCAUGAAGAGAGCGAGCAGCCACCAACUGUCGAAACUUAUGAACAAAGUUAUUGUAAUUAUUGAAAACAAUCAAAUAUACAACAAACGUUAACUCAACACAACUACAACUACAUUAUAAUUAUAUUUUUCUUUCUAAUUUAUUGACAACUCGAAAAAGUGACAACUAACGGUUUAAAAUACUUUGGCAACUAAAAAAAAAUAAUAAUAAUAGUGACUUGAAGAAGUUUAAUUUAGUGUCUAAAUAUUAUAUAUAUUUAAUAUACUUUAGCGUUAAUUUAACGACACUUUCGAAAAUCGUCUACUUUUGUUUAAAAUUUUUUUCUUGCGAAAAAAUUAAGAAAUCGUGCACAAAACCAACUUUGUAAACACCCUGUAUUAACACUGUACUCUUUACUCUCAAAAAAACUAAAAGAAAAAUCAUUUGCGUUAAGCGCUAACGGUGCUUCCGCAGACUAAAAUACAUAUACAGUUAAGUGUAUUUUACAGUUACGGUAUUUUAACUAACGGCGUUGCGUAACAUACAUCAUUGUAUUGUAAUCAAAAACAAAAUAUAUAAAAAACGUGUCACAAUCAUUAUUAAUUAUGCAUGUGUGUUACUUAAGAUUUUUCACUUGAAUAACAAAAGAGCAACAAAAAAAGGGAGGAGUUGAAGUUAGAAAUUAAAAAUUAUAUUAAACAAACAGCUUAAGUAUGUAAUGUCGGAUAAUCAAGCAUGUGUUUAUACAGCAGCCAUUUUCGUAUUUUCAUAAAUAUGUAUGAUGAGUUUGAAAAUGUUUUGUAUUUGUAUUUGUAAGAAGAAGAAGAAACAUUGUAGAAGAAGAGUGUUCAAGAAACGCUAAAUAACAACAAAUUAAGCUAAAUUCAACAUACUUUUAUACAAAAAGCACACACACACACACAAAACGUGGUGAAUUGACUUUUAUAACAGCAUUGAGAAGUUUUCGAUAAAAUGUGUAAAAGAUAGUUGAAAAAUUUUCUAUAAAAAAGAUUGAAAAGUUUUCGAAAAACAAUAUUGAAAAAUUACGUUUAAAAAAUUAUUGAAAAGAUUUCGAGAAAAAAUAUUGAAAAGUUAUCGAAAAGGUUUUCGAAAAAAUAUUGAGAAUAUUUCGAAACUAAAUUGUAGAGAUUUUGAUAAAGAAGUUAAGAAAAGUUUUCGAUAAAAAAUUUGAAACUACUUCGAAAAAUAUUGCGAAGUUUUCGGAAAAAAUAUUGUGAAAUUUUCGGUAAAUAAUAUGGAAAAGAUAAUUGAGAAGUUUUCGAAAACCAAUUUUUGAUAAUAAAAUCAAGUAAUUGAUAGUAUUUAAAUAGUUAAUCAUUGACAACUUGCAAGAGCUCGUUUUAAGUGUAAACAUUUGCAACUACUCGAAGUAGUGCUAAUCUAUAAUUUUGCAAAUUAAUAUUCUUUCUUUAAACUUAUAAAGUAAUUUUUGGAAGCGAGUGGCAAAAGAACGCUCAACUCGAUUAAAAUGAGUGAGAAAAAAUCGAAACUCUUAAUAAAACUGUUUUAUUUUUUUUUUAUUAAAAAUACUGUUUUUGAAGUCGCUUAUUAUUUUCGACCGAACUCACUUAACCUGAAAAAAAUAAGCGAAUGUUCUUUUGUCACUCGCUUAGCAGAAUUUAUUAAUUGAGCGCAUGUUCCAUUGCCGCCCGCCUGCAAACUCCAUACAGUUGUAUUAAGAGAUUAUUUUCUGCAAAAAUAUACACACAUAUAUUAUACAGUUGAACUUCCAUAACUCGAACUGCUGUAACUCGAAGUUUUCCAUAACUCGAACUCUUGAAUUGGCAAUAUAAGUCAACUUUCAUACAAAUUAUCUUCCGUAACUCGGAAAUCUCUCUAACUCGAAGUUUUUUUUUGUAGAUUAUGGUGAUUCGAGUUAGGUAAGUUCGACUGUAUUUGCAAUUUUCGUAAACUUUAAAACAGAAAUUGGUUAAUUGUACAAAUAAUUUGAAAUUGUUUUGCUUAUUCUACUGCCAAUUUGAUUUACACACACAUAUACACAAAUACAUAUCUACACACGCAGUUUUAUAAUAAGUUUUAGCGUAUGAUGUUGAAUUUUGAGAAAUCACUUACUACUUUAUAUCUACAUAUACAUACAUACAUAUGUAUUUUUUUGUAAUUUAUAUUAAUGCUUAAAUAAUUUUUAUAUUUAUACACCUACAAUACAUACAUACUACUUAUAUUAUAUUAUAAUUAUAAUUAUAAAAAAUCAAUCAAAAUGUAAAACAACAAAAAAAAAAACAAAAAAAACUUUAUGUUAAACACGACAAAUGAACGAUAAUUUUUUUGUUUUUGGUGUUUUUAGUUUUAAAAUAAAUAAUCUCGAAAGUAAUUCGUCAAAGUAAAAGCAAACAACAAAUGGUCGCGACAACAAGUAGCAUUAAUAUCGAAAGUUAUAAUGAAUAAAAUGCCAAAGAUAAAUGUUGUUGUAAUUUUAUUUCGUUUUAUGAGUGAGACGCCGAUGGCUUGCGCUCUCAUUAUGAGUUGCAUUCGAAAAUUACUUCAAUAUGCAAUGUUGAGUUUAUUAUUUUUUCAAAAAAAGCUGUAAAUUUCGAUAGGGUUGUACUAUUCGUAUAGAAAAUUCGAUUUUCGUUCCUCAUAUUUGAGAUCGGCGUUUACUUGAGACCGAAAGCAACUCAUAUUGGAAGUCUGAAUUUUUUUGUUGCAUUUUGUACUUUUUUUGAAAGAGAAAGUAAUUUUGCAUAUCACUUUUAUUUGAAAAAUCAUGCAGCAUGCCAUAUCGCAUUCGGUUUGUAAAAGUAAUAUCGAAAUUUAUAUAUGAGCUGAGAUGGCUUCAUUUCAUCUCUUAUAAAAUUAUAAUAUUUAAGACAUGAGAAAAAAUAAGAUAUUCGAAAUAAACUUAAAAUAAAUAAUUUGCGAGAUAUUACGAAUUGGAAAAAAUAAGUUAGAGCACAUAAAUAAUAUAAUUCAGAGCGUGAGUCUUCACUGCUGAGGAAACAAUUUCGUAAUUGUCACUAAAUUUUUAUGAGCAUUAAUUUGUUUUGCAUAAUGAAAUUAAGAUAGGUAACUGUCAACGGGUGUUUCGAAUGACCACUAGUUCGCAAAAAAGUGAGUUUUUGAAGAAAGAUGAAAUUAUUAAUAAAAUAUUUAUACUGGAGUGACUAUUGGAGUUUGUGCAAAAACAAUGCUUUGGACAACUUUAAGGGGUUAGGGGUUAGGUUGGUCUCAAAGCCUAAAAACAUGGAUAUUUUAACAUUUUUUUUUUUUAUUAAUUUCUUUUAAACAUAAUAUUUAAUAUUACUCGGAUUGAUUUGAUAAUUUGGAAUAAUAUUUCAAACAUAUUGUACUAUUUUUUAAAUUUUGAAACCCACCUAACCUCUUAAACUAGAAUAAAUAACAAAAAUUAAUUUAAAUGUUAGGUUUACUAUUAUCUUUUCCUUAACCCUUCUGCUAUGUUAGGAAAAAAUUAUUAUAUAGUGUUUUGGGUCAAUUUGACCCACUUAUAAAAACUCCACUAAUAACACUAUUUUAUUGAAAGAGUUCAUAUUUUUUUAUUUGAAUCAAGUUGAGUGUAUGUUAAUUGUAGAAAAUAGUUGACAUAUGUAUGUUUUAACGGCAAUUUUCACAAACUAAACUGCUUAAUAUUUGUUCGGAUUUUUUGUAUGAUGACAGAAGAAACAUCGCUGUCGUUUUUUGGUGGAUUCAUUUCUGGCAGAGCAUAGAACUGUGCAAAAUAUACUCGAUUUCCGAUAACUAGCUUUCUUUGUCGGCGUUUUUGAUCGAGUGAU